GAGUCAGUAGGUUGUCAAUCAAGGGGAGUAGAGUCUAAGUGGUGAGGAGUGGAACCGCUGGUUGGUUGUGCACCUAUCACCAUGGUUGAUACCCAUACUGGAAAGAGUACUGCCCCCUCCGAGGCCGAGCAGGCCCGGAUCACCGCCCUUUUGAGAGAAAGGAAAGAGAAGAAGGAGCUCCUGAAGCAGGCGAAGUUAAAGGCUAUCGCAAAGGAGCAAGCGGCGAAUAAGAAGAGACUAGAAGAAGAGAUGUUGAGAUUUCAACAGGAGAAGAUGUUGCAAAUACAGCAAGAGGAGGAGGAAAGAAGAAGGGCUACAGAGGAAGAAGCCGCUGCAGAAGACGAAGGAGAAGAAGAAGAAGAAGAGCGCCUCGAAAGGAGACGCAGGGAAGAGCGAGGGGAGAGUAGUGGCACGAAGGAGGAGGACAAAUGGAGGGAAAAUAAGAUUAGCGAAUGGGUGGCUAACUUAUCAUUGGGAGAAGAUGAAGAGGCAUUGUUAUAUGUGCCGCAGGAGGAGAGGGAGGCGUUUGCCAUGGCUUUGGAGCUGAUGGAGGAUCCCCUGCAACGCCAGGCGACAGAGGAUGAGAAGAAGUUGGAGUGGAAGUUGAAGAUGAUGAGAGAAAAGAAGAGAAGGAGGGAGGAAGCCAAUAGAAUAUCCGGGGAGGUUGAGCGAGUGCGAACCGGCAAGCAGGAGCUGCAGGCCCAAACAAAGAUCCCUGCCAAGCUAGAUAAGAUGAUGGGCUUCUUGGAAGUUUUGAGUGAGGCCUGGCUGGGGGAGCACCAAUCCCGUAAGGGUCAAGAGGUGACCCUGCAGGCAAUGCGAUCCGGGUUCAGAGAGUUUGCGAGCGACGUGGUAACCCACGUUCGGAACCGAAAUUAGAAGAUUGAGGGAUGGCGUAGACAAGUUUUGUGCAGGCGCCAUUGAGAGCGCCAAAGUUGUGGCCACAAUAGAGGCCGCAGUUUGUC